AUGAACCUCAUAGAAACGCGAGAUAAUUUAUUGCAAGGUGCUGAAAAAUCAAAUUCCUCUAUACGUAAUUAUGAGCAAUCUGAUAACAACGAUGGUCAGCAGUCUCCAGAUUUUCUUUUACCUGAUAAUAAAAGUUUGAUGGAAAGAGAUUUAUACCUCAGCUUUACAGAUGAUUCUGACUUGGAUCCUAUAUUUUCACCUACAGAUACAAGUAGUUGUGAAUCUGAUGAUGAAUUAUACAUUCAGAAAGGUGCCAAAGAUUAUAAAAACCCUAAAAGAAGAAAACGACAGAUCGAAACCAUUAGUCACGAAGCUUUGAAUGGCUCAUUUGAAAUGGAAUCAAACCAUGGUGAGAAUAUUGAAAUUGGAGAAUUGACAGAAGGCAAUCCAGUAGUAAAUACUGUAAGUAGUACCUCUAGUAAUCACGAUUCAUUAUUAGGUUUACCCAAAAAGCGUUCUGUUUCUGGGAAUUAUAUUUACUUUAAAGUACGACUGCUGAACUCCAAUCAAUAUUAA